AUGUCCAACUCUGUUCCCGAUCUCGACGCUGUCGGGAUCAAGGCAGAUCCUGAGCUAGCCGACCAAUUUCGCCGUGAAGUCGCGACUCUCCUCGGCCGCAACAACCUCAACUUUCCCGGCGCACAGCCCGUCAGUUUCUCCAGCAAGCAUCUCCUCGAGCUCCAACGGCAAGACUACUAUGUCUGCGAGAAAACAGAUGGCAUCCGCUGUCUGAUGUACUUUGCCCGUGGCGACCCAGACUCAGAGACACCCGAAAUCCACUACCUAAUUGACCGCAAGAACGACUACCGCUACGUGCCGGGCUUGCAUUUCCCGCUCCCCAAUGAUGAAAGUUUCCAGUCUUACCACGUCGACACCCUGGUUGACGGCGAGUUGGUGAAUGAUACAUAUGAAGAUGGAACGCAACAGCUCAAAUAUCUCGUUUUCGACUGUCUGGUUCUGGACGGACAGAGCCUGAUGCAUCGCACGCUGGAUAAGCGACUUGCGUAUUUCAAGGAGAAGGUCCUCAAGCCAUAUAAUGCUCUCUACCACCGCUUUCCCGAGGAGAAAAAACAUCGCGUCUUCGCGGUCGAAGACAAAUCUACCCAGUUCAGCUACGGUAUCGAGAUGAUGUUCCGAGAGAUCAUUCCCAAGGUCAAGAAAAUUCACGGUAAUGACGGUCUCAUCUUUACCUGUCGCAGUACACCCUACCGCAUCGGGACGGACGAACACAUUCUCAAAUGGAAGCCUCCGGCCGAGAAUACUAUUGAUUUCCGCAUGCGCUUGGAGUUUCCUGUCCUGGAACCUGACACAGAUGACGAGGCUGAUGGCAUUUCCGAGCCGUAUACGGAUUACGAUGCUAUGCCUAUCUUUCAUCUAUUUGCGAUGCUUAAUUCCAACGAGUACCGGCACUUCGCGGAGAUGUUUGUCACCCCAUCCGAAUGGGAAGAGCUUAAGACUCUGGGGCUGCCCCUCGAUGAUACCAUCGUUGAAUGUUUUAAGGAUGAGCACAAUCGCUGGCGCUAUCAUCGUCUCCGAGACGAUAAGGCUGACGCGAAUCAUAUCUCUACCGUUGAGAAGGUCCUUGAGAGCAUCCAGGACCGUGUGACGGAGGAAGAUCUCAUCCAGGCUGCGCCGGCGAUCAAGGCAGCAUGGAAGAAGCGCCAGGCUCAGAUGUCCUCGGAGGACGAAGAGCGGAAACGAAGGGCAAGACAGGCUCCGCCACAUGCAAACGGAAACGGAGUAAAAAGGAAGUUCGAGGAUUCAUAG